AUGUAUCUACAAACUAAGAUAAAAAAUGAGAAUUCUUCUUCUUUUUCUCAUUUUUUCUUCCUUUUCUUUCCCAUUUUUCAUUGCUUUCAUUCUUAUUUUUCUUUCUGUUUCCUCUUUCAGAUCUUUCCUUUCAUCCACUUCUGUUUACCAUUUUCUUUUCCACAUUUUUUUUUAAAUUUGUCUUUUUUGGGACAUCUUUCUUUUCUUUCUUAUCUUUCCUUCACCUUUUCUCUUUUCUAUCUUUCCACCAUUUUCCUUCUUCCUCAUCCCCCUUUCCACCUCUUUAACAUACUAUCUUUAUUUUUCUUCUUCAUUUUCUUUUCAUUUCAUCUUUUAUUUGGACAUCUUCGUUUUCCUUCUUUUCCUUCCUUCAUCUUUUUUCUUUCCUUUCUCUUUUCCGUAUUUCCACUUCUUCCUUUCUACCAUUUUCCUUCAUCCUCAUCUCCCUUUCCACUUUUCUUCCACCUCUUUUACAUUUUUCUUCCUCUUCUGUUACAUAUUUUAUCAUUUUCCUUCUUUUUCUUCUUUAUUUCUCUUUCUCUUCUUUGUUUCACAUCUUCCUUUAUAUCAUUUUUCUCCUUCCUCAUCUUCUCCCUUAUCUUCUAUUUCUUUCCUGUGUAA